CUUUGAUUCUUUCAGAUGGAAGAUCAAGCACCAUCAAGUUCUCAUCUUAUCGAAGUUAACAUAGACGUCCCUUCUACUGUGGCUACUGUGAGUGGAAGCAAAUUUUGUGGCGGUGCCAUUUGUGAUUUCUCAGACAGUAAAACUAACAUAAAAGAUGCUACAGAAAGAUCUUCAUCCAUGCAAAAGCUUCUAAUAGCAGUUCUUCUUUGCAUAAUAUUCAUGGCUGUAGAAGUCAUUGGUGGCAUCAAAGCAAAUAGUCUUGCCAUCUUAACUGAUGCCGCCCAUCUCCUAUCCGACGUAGCAGCAUUCGCUAUCUCCCUGUUUUCUCUAUGGGCCUCAGGCUGGGAAGCAACUCCACGCCAAUCUUAUGGUUUUUUCAGAAUUGAGAUUCUCGGAGCUUUGGUUUCCAUUCAACUUAUUUGGCUUUUAGCCGGCAUUCUCGUUUAUGAAGCUAUACUCAGAAUUAUAAAAGACAGUGGUGAGGUUAACGGCUGGCUUAUGUUCACAGUCUCAGCUUUUGGUUUAGUGGUUAACAUCAUUAUGGCUAUGAUGCUGGGUCAUGAACAUGGCCAUGCUCAUCAUGGUGGUCAUGAUGAUCAUGACCAUUCUGACCAUGAUGACUCCCACGAUCAUGAUCAUGAUGAAAAUCAUCAUAAUCACCACCAUGAACAUACGGAAGAGCACUUCCAUUGCCAUGGUGUCAGUGUCACUAGUCAUAACCUACUCUCUUCAGAAGAUUCAAAGGAACCUCUUCUAAAUCACUCUGAAGCCAAAUCUGUUUCAAAGGAAACCAAAAAACAUGAGAAGAGAAACAUAAAUGUUCACAGUGCUUAUCUCCAUGUUCUUGGCGACUCUAUCCAGAGUGUGGGAGUCAUGGUUGGAGGAGCCAUUAUAUGGUACAAACCUGAAUGGAAGAUCAUUGAUUUGAUCUGCACACUGAUAUUUUCUGUGAUUGUGUUAGCGACGACCAUAAAGAUGCUGAGGAACAUUCUAGAAGUUCUAAUGGAGAGUACUCCUCGAGAGAUCGAUGCGACUAGACUUGAGAAAGGACUUUGUGAUCUUGAUGGUGUUGUUGCCAUCCAUGAGCUUCAUAUAUGGGCUAUAACAGUGGGCAAGGUUCUGCUUGCUUGCCAUGUGACGAUAACACCAGAGGCUAACGCUGAGUAUCUGCUGGAUAAUGUGAUUGGAUAUAUCAAAAGGGAGUAUAACAUCAGCCAUGUAACUAUUCAGAUAGAAAGGCAGCAGUAGAAAGGCAGCAGUCAUGUAAGUAUUCUCAUUGCUGGUCGUUCAUUGCUUAUUGCUAUGAAUCGGUUUGAGAAUUUUCUAAGAGUAGGCGAAGUAUAAAAAAAUUGAGCUUUGCUUCUUACUAAUAAAUCUUAGAUAAUGAUAAAUAGGUGACUGCUAAAAUUUUCUUACAUUGUAAUGAAACAUUUUUAUUUUUCUGCAAUUUUAUGAUUAAAAAUUCUUUAAUUUUGAUACUAGAA